CCCAUACGUUUCUACAGAUGCUGCCCUACGUCAUUAUUUCAAUAAUUUGUGAUUCGAUAAUUGGUCACAGUUAGCCUAAUUGUUUGUGUGAGGUGAUUGGCUCAUCUACGGCUAUUACGGGGUUCAUAAGAUCAACGAUCACACACCGCUGUCAUCAACUUCCUUCCAAUCGAGCGCCAAGCUGAUCAGUAUGACCUCUGAAUGUAGCGUCACCAUCGAGCAGGACAACGACGGUGUUGAGGAAAAAGUUGUGGUGAAGAGAGACAGUGCGAUAACCACUGUACUCUGUCGCCUGUCACAGUUUUGGCCGGUCAGACUUGCGAUGCGUGCUCUCCGUGGGUUUUGGUGGCUGUUUGGUUGGUCCCCUUCAGAUGAGAAGGCUUUCGCUGCUCCAGAAGAGGAUGACCGCUCUAGUCCAGCCCGCCAUUGUCUAACAGGCCGCAAGCGUCUGCGGCGGGCCACACGCAUACUGUUGGCUAUCCUGCCCCGCCGCAUGCAGAGCGCCCUGGGAUACCCUGUGUGCACCAGCAUCGGCUGCGCCGUAUCCCCAGAGGUGCGUGUCUCCCCCACUAAGCCCUGUGGGAAAGGCAACAAGAGGAAGCAGGAUGACGUUGAUGACGAGGAGCAGCAGACCUGGGUUGAGGCCCUCUCUCAGGAACUAGAGGAUGAGGAGCCUUCUGUUGAUCCUGACUAUGAGCUGAGCGCAGUGGAUACUGACAGUGAGGAAUUUAACUCUCACAAUAACACAGAAAGUGACCUUGACGUUUCAGAGAAGGGCGUGAUCGAGGACCUUAAAACGGAUAUUCCACAAGAGGCAUAGUGGAAGGUGGCAUUUCAGAUUUAUUGGUCCUUCUUCAUAGGUGCUCUGCCUCCAGUUUUAUCGCCACGUGUAAGCCUCCUGCAGUGCAAGUAUGCACUUUUUUUUUGUUCAAUGUGAUAUGUACAACUGUUCACUAAAUAAAAUAUAUUCAUCUUUA